CGCUGCCAUGGUUUUACACCAAAUAUUUUUCUUUCAAACUAGACCGGAAUAAUAAGAAUUCUUUUCUGAUGUGGAAGAUCAGUUUAAACCGCAACCACAGAGCAUACUAAGAUUUUUCUUACCACUCCACUAGUUUAUCACAGCGGAAUAACAGCUACGAACCAGCGGCUCUGAUACCACUGUUAGGUACCAGAGUAACAAAAUAUUAUCACGCAGCUAAAAUAAGAGACGAGAAAAGAGGAACUGAACACACAAUAUUUUACGUGGAAACCCCUCAACAAAUAAGGGGAAAAAACCACGGGGCAAGAGUAGAGAACUUUCACUAAGUGGAAGAAAUUACAGGACCUCUCUCUAACUACAAGGAGAGUACAAAUACCACUCUCUCUUAUAAAUAGGAGAAUACUAACUAACACAAACUAGGAGAAACCUCACAGGAGAAACUAUUUUUCCUCUCUAUAUUUUUUCUCUCACUAUCUAAACAAGCUUUACUUGUUCUUGUGUUGUUACUGAUUUGGGAUGAGUAGAAUGGUGCAAGGGACAUGCUAUUUAUAGGACCGUAAAAGCCAUGCCUCAACCAUUUUCAUUUAUUACCAUAGAUAAUAGCCAAACUGCCAACCAAUUUAUGUUGACAAUGUUGGCACCGAAAAUCUGAAUGGUAAAUUGCAAAACCCUUUUGUCAAACAUGUAUUACUGCCAUGUGAAAACAUAUCAACAAAAGGUGACUUUAUGGCUUAUGUGUUCACACAUGUUCACACUUGGAAGGCAUGAACGUUCAGGAACUGGUGUCGGUGUUGCGAACAGCAUUUCUGACAGAAGAAUUUGAUAGAAUUGAAGGGAUUUUAGUGAGUAGAUAUAAGAGACUAGAAAAUGAGAUUAUAGAUCUUCAAGAGAAGGUUGAAAUGGAGAAAAAAACAAGGUUUCAAGCCGAGGAAGAUUUGAGAAAAAGAGAGGAACUGUGUGAAAAAGGGAAAAGAGCACAAAAUAAUUAUGAAAAGUUAUUGAAGGAAGUUAAGAAAACAAACUUAGCUGAAAAAGACACCAUUGGAGAGCUAAGAAAGAAGAACAAUGAAUUGGAGUUAGAAGUUUGUGAACUGAGAAAGUUGAAGGAGAAAUGGGUGAAUGAUAGCAAAAAUGCAUAUGGGGUGAGAAAAAGUGAGUUAUUGGAGAAAUCAAUGAAGAAGAAUAUUGAGGCUCUUGGUAUUCCUUUGAUUACUAACUUUGAAAUCAGAGAUGAAGAGAGUGAAUAUGAGAUUGACAAUGACACUAUGGAGCCUAAUACUUUGCAAACAAAUGAACCACCCAACAAAAGGAGCAAGAAUGCUCAAGUUAUGACACAAACUAGAGGAGCUACAAUUGAUGCUUCCCAUUCUAGACAUAGACAUCCGAUUACAUGUAGGGAGCGUGCAGCAGUAGCAGCUAGACAUCCACCUAUAGUAGAGGUACGGCAAGAGAAUGACAAUAUUCAUAUGUCAGAGGAGAUCAUUGUGACGGACAACGUUUCUGUCCCUCUAUCAAAUGUGCAGGAACAAAUGGCAACACAAAACGAACCAAAGAGGAAAAAGUUUGCCACGAACGCAUCAUCUAGUGACUUUGACAAAUUCCACUUCACAUCAUUGGUUCAUCAAAAGCGUUAUUCUGAGUUUCUGGCCAACAAAAAGUUUGUGGGAGAAAACAAUUUCCAGUUGGAAGGGAGCAAAUUCUCGUGUAUUCAUAAAAUGAUAGAAUCCAGAGGAUGGGUGGAAUUGACAUCGUUUGCAAAAGAUGCUAGUACGACAAUAGCUAAAGAGUUCUUUGCAAAUGCAUAUCAGGGUCCUGCUAAGAAUGAUCGAAUGAAAUUCACUAGUUUUGUCAGAGGGAAGAAGGUUCCAUUUCAUGAUAAAAUUAUCAAUCAAAUGUUUAGGCUUGAGAACUAUGAGAAGUGUUCAUUUGAAGCAAGAAAGGCCAAGGGUUCUAACGUUGAUCAUCAGGAGAUUCGUAGUACUUUGUGUAGGCCCGAGGCUGAUUGGGUUAGGAACAAAGAUGGAACACCAGCAAAACUUCGCACGUGUGACCUCACUCCCGUUGCUAAAGUAUGGGCAAUGUUUGUUUUGCGCACCUUGCUCCCAUGUUCAAAUAGAUCAGACUUGACCAUUCUAAAAGCUAACUUACUGACUGCAAUCCUUAAGGGUGAGCCAGUCAAUGUUGGUCGUCUCCUAGCAAAUGACAUUUGGGUCACAGCAAAUUGUGCUUCUCCCUCGAGUUGGAUCAACCAUGCAUCAUUGAUACAAAUGCUUUGUGAAAGGGAGAGGGUGUACCCUAAAGAGAAUGAGGAAAUGGUGAAUCCAUUUGGGGCGAUCACCCCAAAAUGGAUAGAAACGCAUUGUAACUUGUAAAAUUGUAUUGCAUCCACAAUGGUAGUGAAACCUUGGUUACAAUAUUUGAUGUAUUAUUAUAAUUGAUUGGACACACAUGAACCUAAAUAAUACAGAACGUGGAAUUGUACUCGCAA